AUGGCGCGUGAAACACUGUCAGACACGUUUAACCACAAUAAAUUAUUUUGGAGAAUUACCGGCAUUUGGUUUCGCCAAGUAAAGAAUAAAAGAUUCAAAUACUAUGCUAUCCCACUGAUAGCCAUAGUAUUCGUAGCCUACGAUAUCUUUUUGACUCUUAACUUAGUCUAUACACCGAAAAAGCUGGAAACUUUUAUGCCGGAACUUAUUUUUUACUUCUGUGAAGUACAAAAUGCAUUCAAAGUGUACAUGGUCAUCUUUAAAAGUCACCAGAUUGUGCAGGCUUUCAAUAUGAUGGACAGUGACAUAUUUAUCGGUGAAUCGGAAGAACACAAGCGGAUAACAAUAAAAGCGAAGUUAUUAUUCAUUAAAGCUUUCAAAGUCUAUUUCUGGUUGUGCAACGCUGGGUUUGCAUGCAAUUCGAUUGUGCCCUUCAUAUCCUUCCUCAUCUUUCGCACCAAGUUAUAUUUACCCGUUUGCAAUUAUUACUUCCUAAGUGAUGAAACCCGCGACCAUUAUUUCUGGUACAUUCUGACAUAUCAGACGUACUGUGUCUAUAACCACAUGAUGUACAACAUCAGUAUUGACACAUUCAUGUCAGGUUUGAUCCUGAUGGGUCUGGCGCAGUUCAGAGCUCUCAAUGACAGCCUUAAAAAUAUUAAAUGCGUAUCAAAGAACAAGAUCACUGAUGAAGCAGAGGAGAGAAGACUGCGGACGGAACUAGUAAAGUGCCUAAAGCACUAUGAUUAUCUGAGAGAAUAUUGUUCUCUAAUUGAAGAAAUAUACGACCCGGCCAUGUUCGUUCAAAUUAGUGUUGGAGCAGCCAGUAACUGUGUGAUUCUUGCCUCAUUACUUCUGUCAAUGUCUAGUAACGACAAGUCUUUCAUUGUACUGUACGGUUCAGUGAUGGCACUAGAGAUAUUGAUGCCCGGCUACUUGGGAUCUCAGUUGACAUAUGAGAGUGAGGAGUUAGUGAGGUCAGUGUACGAAUGCGACUGGAUAGAGAGACCGGAGUCUUUCAAACGCAUCUUGAAACUGUUGGUGGAACGCGCUAAGCAGCCCAUCAUACUGACUACUUGGUACAUUGUGCCCUUGUCUUUAAAUACUUUUAUUUCGAUCAUGAAAACAGCCUACUCCAGCUUCACGAUUCUUCGGGCAGUGAGCACCAGGAAUGCGGAAGAAUCAAGUUAA